AUACAAUCGGAUUAAUACAAAAAACCAAUAUGACCAUAUCUUCUAUUUAUAAUAGUUUAAUUAAUGAACCAAAUCAAAUGAUUGAUGAUGGCAAUCAUCAUCAUCAUAAUUUAUUGAAUUUAUUAUCAACGAAUCAAACAUCAACAACAGCGGCGACUAUUUCAACAACAGCAAUGAUUAACGAAUUAAAUAAUGUUUUAAAUAAUCAAUAUGAUCGUAAUGAAUUUUAUGGUGAAAUAUUUCAUCGUUUAAAUUAUGAAUAUAGAAAUAUACAUGGUUAUCUUAGUUUAGUUGUUUGUGUUUUCGGUAUUAUUGCUAAUGUACUUAAUAUUAUUGUAUUAACAAGAAAAAAUAUGGAAUCACCAACCAAUACAAUAUUAACCGGUAUGGCUGUAUCCGAUCUAUUGGUUAUAGCAUCAUUUCUUCCAUAUGUAAUACAUAAUUAUAUACGUACUGAAGUGCCCGAAGAACAAAUGUAUAAUUAUGGUUGGGCAGUAUUUACAUUAUUUCAUGCACAUAAUACUGUUUUAUUUCAUACAAUUUCAAUUUGGUUAACAGUAUUAUUAGCUGUAUGGCGUUUUAUUACUGUAAGAACACCAUUACGAACAAGAUCAUUAUUGACAAUUGGACGUGCCCGUUUAUACAUAUUAUUGGUUUAUCUGAUUGUACCAAUAUUCUGUAUACCAGUAUUUAUUACAUUUACAAUACAUCCAAUACCGGUAAUUAAUCAACAUAAAAAUAUAUCAAUUUAUACGGUUGAUAUUGUAAAAUUGGAAGGAAAAAAUCAUGAACUAUUGGAAAAAAUAACAUUCUGGGUAUUUUCAGUAUUUAUGAAAUUAAUACCAUGUGGUUUAUUAACAUGUAUAACAUUAGCAUUGAUAAGAAUAUUGAUUGAAGCUAAAAAACGUAAAGAACGUUUAUUGAAAGGAAAUUUUCCCGUUGCAUCAAAAUCAUCUGCAUCAAUUAUCAAUCAUAAUAACGGUAACAACAAUCCAACAAUAUCGAUCAAUAUUCCGAAUCAAAAUAAUCAAAUUCGUUCAUCACCAACGACAGCAACAGCAGUAGCGACGGCAGAAGCAUCAAUCAAAUCGCAAUCAAAUCAAAAUAACACUGAUGAUAUUCAUCAAUCUAAUAGUGAGAAUGAUAAAAGUGAUAAUCAAAAACAACCAAAAUUAGCUAAAAUAGAUCAACUAGCGAAACCAAUCAACAGCAAAAGCAAUAAAAAUCAUCAUCAUCAUCAUCGUCAACAUCGAAAAUCAAAUGAAAAAGAAACAGAAGAAGUAAAAAGUUUAUGGAAAGUUUGCCAAAUUUGUCGUAAUUGUACAAAUUCAAUGAUAAGAAAAUUUACAACAACAACAGCGACAACAUCGUCCACAAGAUCCUGUUCAUCAUCAUCAUCGUCGUCAUCGUCGUCGUCGUCAUCAUCGUCACCAACACCAUUAUCAUCAUCAUCAUCAUCAUCACCGCCAUCAACAUCAUCGUAUGUAUCGAUACAACCGAAUCAAUUACAAUUGAAAAAACAAGAUAUUAAGCUCAAAUUUCGAAAUUCAUCAUCAACAUCGAUUCAAAAUUCAAAUAUUCAACAACAGCAACCAAUACCGAAUCCACCAACAUUACAUACAUCAUCAUCAUCAUCAUCAUCCGGUAAUUCUGAACGUACAACCAGAAUGUUAAUCGCUGUUUUGAUAAUGUUUUUAGUAUGUGAAUUUCCUUCCGGUAUUUUAGCACUGUUAAGUGGUAUACUAGGGAAAUCAUUUUUCAAAAAUGUUUAUGGUAAUUUUGGUGAUCUAAUGGAUAUGUUAGCAUUAAUAAAUUCAGCUGUAAAUUUUGUUUUAUAUUGUUUAAUGUCACAACAAUUUCGUAAAACAUUUUCACAAUUAUUUUGUAUUAGAUGGACAGUUGAAAUGGAAAAUGUUGGUAGACAUCAUCAUCAUCAUAAUAAUCAUACAAGACAUUCAUGUAUUGGGUCGCCAACAACAACAAUGAUAAUACCACAACAACAACAACAACAAUCAAAUCGGACAUUACAAUCGGAUUAUAAUGAUCGAAUACUACAGCAAAAACAACAACAACAACAACAAAAUCCUGAACAAAUCGAAAAUCAAAAUGAAUCAAUUUCAAUGAAAAUUGUAAGAAAAAAUUCCAAUAAUAAAAAU